AUGGCUACUGAACCGAGACCUAGCGACUUAGCGGCGCGCAAGCGAGUUUGUACCUAUGGAAGCGCGUCUGCGCGGAUCAGGCCCGUCGACCAUCUUCGUCAGCUUGAGUCCAGGGUGGCAGACCUAGAGGCUCAAUUGGCGGAGUCGACUCCACGAACCAAUGAGCCUACGGCUGCAUCCUUCGGUCUCUCAGACGCGAACCCACAACCUGGUUCGAGCCAAACCCACCCAAACGCUAUUGAUACGCUCGUCGGACCCGGUGAUGACCUGCUGUCUACCUUUGAUGGAUCCGAGACCUAUCAUGGGGCAUUCGCGAGCCUCAAUGUCUUGCGGAUUGUGAGAGACAAGUGCGACAGUCUUGCCAACAUCAUGGCUCCCCUUUCGUCUGGAGGGAUCCUGGCCGAGGCCUUCUCCAAGGACAGUGCUCCGUUUUCCAGCCACCAGGCCAUACCACUGCCCGCUGAACUGCCGGGCUUGGCAGAGUGUCAGCGACUUUGCUACAUCGCUAUCGAGGAAGCUCUGCCAUGUCACGAGUGUAUCGACCGUGACGCUUUCUUUACUCAACUUGUCAGAGUACACGCAAAGCCGCAGGGGGAACUUGAUCCUAGUGAUCGUGCCUAUCUGGCGCUGGUUUUCGCAUUGCUGGGGUUCGCGAAGCGUUAUGAUGCCGAUAAUCACAGCGCAACAGAGGCAUACUCGAACCACGUCACUAUAAACCAGGGAUGGGAGUUCCAUCAAUCAAGUGUGCAAAUGCUCCAGCUGGACGACCUUUGCAGCCUGGACAUUUUAAGAGCAAUCAUAUACCAGGUUCUGUUCUUGGCAUCAAGCUGCAUGCUGUCCAAAGCCUACACACGACUGUCGAUAGGUGUUGCCACCGCCCUACGUAUAGGCUUGCAUGUGUCAGGUCCAUCACUAGGCCCAGGUCUUCAAAUCCCCGCCGAGCAUAUGUUUCGACGGCGACAGGUUUUCUCAGUGCUCUAUGGUAUUGAUACCUAUCUCGCCAGCACGUUGGGUGUCCCAAAGCUCUUCCAUCAAGUAGACACUGACCAGAUCCUGCCAUUACGGGACGAGAACCUGGCGGACCAAGGUAUCUCCUUGGUACGAAGAAAUCCUCACACACCCGAGGCCGAAACUCUCGUCGCUACUCGGAUUCUGGUAAUCAUGGCAGAGAUACACUCGCGUCGAGAUCCGUUCAGCAAGGGCAUGGCGUUAAAUAGUAACAGUGGGACGUACAAACUGACGAGCCAGGACGUUGUUUCGCUGGACGCGCAGCUCACUGACUGGUAUAACAGCCUGCCGCCAGUUGACGAGAUUCCUCCUGUGAGACGAGCUUUGCAUGCCCAGUUGGUGAUCCGCCAUACAUAUGCAGUAACACAGAUGGCCCUUCACCGACCAUUCUUGCACCACCUGACCCGUAAAGCAGACGACCGUAGCUUCUGCAUGGAUGGCUACGCAUAUGGCUCGCAGUGUAUCACUGCCGCCAUGCAAACUAUAUGGCUACUUCAGCGCCUGGAUGACCAAGGGCUCCUGCAUGAGUCCAUUUGGUUUUACAUCUCCUCGCUAGCACUUUCUGCUAGCUCUCUGAUAUUCUUCGUGCUGGGUAGUCCCUACUCUACCACUGUGCGGGAUGCCACGCAAGCAGCUUUCCAGGCGCACCGCUUGCUGGAAAAACUGGGGCGGAGGAAUGAGACAGCACAGCGUUGUUUCGAGUCGAUUGAUUUCUUAAUGGCUCAGGCGAAUCUGGAAGCGCAUGAACAGAGUCAUGCACCUGAUGCCUAG